AAGAUAACAUUGAAGUGAUUAAACAUGUCUGGACGUGGAAAGACCGGCGGUAAGGCUAGAGCCAAGGCCAAGACUCGCUCUUCCAGAGCCGGGCUGCAGUUCCCCGUGGGUCGUGUCCACAGGCUGCUGAGGAAAGGCAACUACGCUGAACGCGUCGGUGCCGGAGCCCCGGUGUACCUGGCCGCCGUGCUGGAGUACCUGACGGCUGAGAUCCUGGAGCUGGCUGGCAACGCUGCCCGCGACAACAAGAAGACCAGGAUCAUCCCCCGUCACCUGCAGCUGGCUGUGCGCAACGACGAGGAGCUCAACAAGCUGCUCGGAGGAGUCACCAUCGCUCAGGGAGGCGUUCUGCCCAACAUCCAGGCUGUGCUGCUGCCCAAGAAGACCGAGAAGCCCGCCAAGGCCAAGUAAACCUGCCUGGAAACAAUAAACCCAAAGGCUCUUUUAAGAGCCACCCACAUCUACUUAACACGCACGAUCCUAAUCAUAUACUAUCAGACUGCACGGUGUGCUUCAAGUAUUACAUUGUCAAAUUUGUGUCUCUAUACUUCAGAGUGGUCGUUAAAUUGACUGUCAUCUUGAGGUGUAAUCUGUGAAAGACUACACAGAAUUUGAUGUUGACAUUAUUAUACACAAAGGGAUAUAAAAGGCGCUAAAAUGUAGCGGCUGCUGUGAAUAUGAAGCACUAGAGAGGUUAUUGU